AUGACCUCGAAUCUUGCUGAGUCCAUGAAUGCAGUACUUGUUCAUGCUCGUGCUUUGCCAAUAACAACUCUAUUUGCAAAUUGCCGAGCUCUACUACAACAAUCAUUUUAUGAGAGGCAGACGGCUGCCUCUAGUCGAGGAACAGUUCUUACUGAAUAUGCAGAAAUUAUUCUUAAAAAAGAGGCAGAACGAGCUCGAUAUCAUCAUGUCAGGCCAAUUGAUCGGUUCGAAUUCAAAGUGCAUGAUGGUACAUCCAAGGUAAGUGUCAACCUGAAUAGCAAGACCUGCACGUGUAAACAAUUUGACUAUUUCGAGAUUCCAUGCUCUCAUGCCAUUGCUGGGGCGGUUUUUCGAAACAUUAGCGUGCAUUCAUUAUGUUCUGAUAGGUACCAAAUCGAAACCCUCAUACUUGGUUACGCCGAACCCGUGUACCCGCUCGGAGAUGAAGAAGAUUGGAUUUUACCGGAUGACUACGUGCCAAAGACGAUUAAGCCACCAAAAUUUGUUCCUUGUGUUGGACGUCACCAAACUACUAGAAUACCAUCAGCCGGGGAAGUCCGACAGGUACACAAAUGCGGGCGAUGUGGAAACGUUGGACACAACCGCAGGACGUGUCGGCAACCUCUCCGAAUAGAAUGA